AUUUCUGGGCUGGUGACACAGAGCUCCAUAUCGAUCUGCCAGCGUAGCCUCUACCUGCUGCACACGCACGGACACUGCGUCCGUGCAGACAGUCUUCCUGUCUGUUGUUUGCCGUGUCCUCUUCACUUCCAGUGAAAGUCUUCGGGCACAGCCAUGAGGUACUUCGCCGCGCUUCUAAUCUUUGUCCACGGGGUCGGAUUUAUUAUAUGUAAACCUUCGUCUCCCUGUCCGAGUGGACAGUUUCUGCUGAAGAGCCAGUGUGUCCUCUGUCAUCCCACCUGCUCAGAGUGCUACGGGCACGAGCUGUUUGAAUGCACUACCUGUGGAGUUGGUGAGUAAAGCUAUUUCUGUCGGUGUUUUUCAGAUUUUGUGCGGAUCGAGAAAUGAUUUUUGAGAAGGUGAUGCGAAUGUAAGGACUGCCAGUCUUUCUUUUAUUUGUAUUUCCAAAUGCUCAUGACUAAUCUAAAGAGGGGUUUAACAAGUAGACAAUUUUCUGUGCUGACCACUUUUUGCCAGCUCAAAAAAUUAACCAAUCAGCUAAAACGAGGAAUCAUCUAAAAUAGGAUGAUAUUUUAUUAAGUUCUUGCCACAAUAUGACAAAUUACAGUUUGCUAGAAUAAUUCGUCUGAUAUGUUUAAACAAUGGGAAUCAUAUUAAGCUUUCUUCCAAUGGCUGAUUGAAACAAAGACUUGUUACAGAUUAGUAAAUCUGGCUGAAAAGUAUGUGUGCAGGUGGGUUGGGGGAGCUUUUCUUUGUUUAAAACACAGCUCUAUUUAAUGGUUACCAAAGCUAUGUGAUUUUAAGGCUGUUGGAUUAGAGGAGGGGCUCUGGUUGACCAUUUACUCUUGUUAAACUGUCAGACACUUGCCACACAAUGUUGGGUUUUUUGUCCUGAGAGCACCUGUGAAAUCAGUAAGAAAUGAAGGUGUGAUCAUUUUUCCUCUGAGUUUUCACAGAGUAAUCUGAUCACGUCAGAAAGGGGCCUUUGUUAAUCAGAGGGAAAGAAAAAACAUCCCCUCAGGCUGCAACUAUUACUGUUUCACUUCACUAAGCUUAACCUGCAAAACCCGCAGAUCUUUCUUCCUCUUUCCUCAUAUACAGUGUUUCUUUUACUAAUUUGUCUUUUUCCUAUAUGUUUAAAUAAAGAGCGUCGAGAAUAAAUUGCUGCAAAGAUUUAUUUUUAAUGUUCACAUAAGUUGUAUAGACUGCUUGAUCUCUGUUUGUAUCUUUGUGAUGCUCUUUGAGUAAGGACAUCAAACCUCCUGCUCUGUGGUUUGCUGUCAUGUUGAAGCCACAUUUCCCCGUGUAUACUAAGGUUAAAGCAGGUGUAGGGGUUGGAAAGACAGCAGCAGCAGCAGCUUGGUGCCGCUUUCUUCCAGAUCUCCUGCAUCUUGUGUGGAAGUCUGAGGAGACGAGACAAUGCUGUGACUCUGCUGCUUCCAGAGAUGCCUCAGGUGCCGUGGCUUGGCUAGUGGCAGGUGGCAGAGUAUUAAUCAUUAGGGCUUACACAAGACUGUGUCCCUGCCCACAGCUCUGAUCUCUCCUCUGCCUCUGAUUGCCCUUGUUUACAUAUGUUGGUGCAUCAUCAGUCAUAAAGUAAUCUCAGACUGCCUCACACACUUGGCUAAGUAUUUUGAUGUCCUUAACAUUUCUACCACCUCUUCUUUUUUCUUCUCCAAUAAUGCAUUUGUAAUGGCAUUGAUGCGUCCUCGGGCUCCAGUGGAACCACUUAAAAUACCGUUAUAUCUGUAUCCUGGAAACCAGUCAUUUCCAGCUUGUGUUGUUGAUGUUGUUUUUCACUGAAGGUGAUGAACUUUCACCCAGUUGGCAAAGAGCACCUCAAUAGUUCCUUCGUCUUAUAUUACUGCCUGCCCAAUUGGCUCCACUGUUGUAUUUAAUGUGAGAAAUGGGAUGAUUUUUAUGUCUACAUUUUUAUUCAAAAACAAGUAGUUCCUGGCCGUAGUUCUAUACGGUUAAUGGCAUCUUCAGGGAGAAAACAGAGUUGACUCUAUAUUAAUCAGUCCCUAUUUCCUCCACCCUUUCUUAGAUGAAGAUGGCCAGGAACGUUUCCUUCAUCAAGGUCGUUGUCGGACACAUUGCCCCCGGGGACUCUACCCUGACAGAGGUCACUACAUCUGCCUGCCAUGCAUAGCCAAUUGUGAACUAUGCACGGACGGGAACAUAUGCGCUAAAUGUUGGGAGCAGUACAAGCUUCAGAAUGGAGUCUGCCAAACAGUGUCCUGCAACACAGGUAACUGUGGAGCAGAGAUUUUUGAGUUUGUUGUACCUAAAGACAUUCAGUUUUGAAAUGCUGUGUUUCUUUGUUUCAGGGCAGGUGCAGGACCCUGAUACAGGAGAGUGCAUUGACUGUGAGAUGGGCUGCAAAACAUGCUCUGUAGGUAGGUGAUGAACGAUUACACUAUCAGGUUAACAGCAUCAUACUGUUGCCUCCCUAAUGGAAGGUAGAUCUCCAUAAAAACACUAGGGAUAAUGAGGUGCAAUGUAUCAUGUUAUAAAUUUAGCCAUUUCUGCAUUCACUUGCUUCUCAGCAUGAAUCCUAAUUAAUCACCUUCUCUUAUUUGUACACAGAAGACCCAGAAAUCUGCAACAGCUGUGUUGACGGUUACUUUCUGUGAGUGUUAUUUGCCUCUCUUUUUAAUCCUAAAUCCAGCGUUCAGGUUUCUAAUAUGCUGUUGUGAGUGAAAUACAUUGAGAGGUGUUGCCUCCUAUAGGACUUUUAAAACCAAGACUGCAGCUAAUCUAAACAUACUUACUGUCAUUGAAGAAAACCAGAGAUUAGUCAUGUUUAAAGAAAUCAAAAUCAGAGCAAAUCAAAUUUCUUUAAACGGACAAUAUGUAAUCAUGGUGUUGAGAUUUGUUUUGCUGCCUUUGGUGUAGUUUAUACUUCCAUACACUGGCUUGCUCAAAUGUAUGAAUUAUUCCUCACUACUCAAGAAAACUUCAUUUCACCUUUAUUUCUGUUUACACCAGUGGAUCACUCAGAGACGGAGUGUAAUACAGGAUUACGAGCUAGAACAGACCUCCGAUUGUGCACUUUUCCCCAAGUUUAGGCCUCUGGGCAUUGUGUGAGUCGAGUUACCUUCCAACCUGAGUGGUUCACUGUUACCUGAGCCUUGGUGUGAGCACAAGAGGGUGGACCGCUUCACAGAGAACCUUCACGGGGUCUGUUUUUAUAUUAUGUAGGGAAAGGAGAGAACAAUUGAGAUAAAGAGAGCAAACAGAAGUGGAAAGCACAGCCAGUACGUGUGAUUAUAUAGUGUGCACCAUCUUGACUUCACUGACAGCUCAUGUGAAUCACAGAAAAGCUGGUUGGAAGAAAAUCCACCACUUCACUCAACUCUGCUCACCUCUGAUGUAUAGAUGAGGGAAGAUACACUGUCUUCAUGUGGAUCCACUUGUAUCACAUUUAGUCUGAAAUAAUGGUUUGAGAUACGGGAAUGACAGGCUGUCUUAGUUAUUUCUGUGGCUGCAGCGGGCGAAAAACAAAUAAAAGAAACUCGAUAGAGCACGGGGCAUUCAUGAACUAAAAGGAAAACCUCACUGUGAUAGAUUUGGACAGUUUUCAGCGCUGUAAGAAAGUCUUCCACCGAGGUUUGGUUGUAAUGAAAAUGUUUGAGUUUGACCGUUUGGGUAACCGAGGCCAUUUUUCUCACAUUAAAUUCUUUUUUAUUGAAAAGAGCCACAGCAUGACGGAUGCUUGGUAUUUUUUGACAUUUACCUCCUCUCAAAGGACAAUAUGGAGCCUAUAGUAACUAAAAGUUUGCUGUGAUUCAUUCUCAGCAGAUUUCAGACCAUACCCUUUACCAAAGCUUUCUGAACUUAUCACUAAUUUGAGCAGGAAGAAAACCUAAACAAUAGUUGCUUUGGAAAUCCUGUUGUGCUUUCGGGAAUGGUCAGUCUAAUAUUUGUACAGGGGGGUUCUUAAACAUCCCGCAAAUUCUUGAGCAGUGCACUGUUUCCAGGCCAGGGGCGGAGUCUGGUCUGCAUCAGCUGCGCUUAAAUGUGUGUGAGCUGAUGGAUGCAGUGUGGUGCCCCCAGCUGUUCCUUCUUUAACAAGCUCUGAAUCUUUGCAACAAAUCCACAGCAACGCAGUAGGAAGUGCAAUUUGGGCUGUAGGUGGUCAGAUUUUCUCACAAUGUUUACGCUUGUGAUCCAUCGCUGUUGAGUUAUUGUCAUUUAGAAAAGCAGGUCUGUAAAGAAGAAUUUACUCGUGCUUUCUUGAGUCAUAUUCUCAGCUCUAUAUCUCAACUCCUUUGGCUAAUUUUGAGGACAUCCAUCUCAUGUUUAAUAACUCAGUUAGGCCCCAAAGGACUGAUAGGACAGGUUAAUGACUGAAAUCUUCCUGUGCCUCUGGGCUACAAAUAAAACACCAAUUAACUUCCUGCCUUAAGUAGAGAGAAGAAUCAUGAUAAGCUUGAAGACAAGCAGCCCACAUUAUAUUUUGGUCCCUGUUUGCCUUCCUUCCUGGUGUUUGAUUGAGCACACCUUUAGGCCAAGGACAGUGUUCAAGUCAACAAUACAGCUGCAGGUGUGCUGUCGACUGAUGCAGUGCGUGUCGGAAUGGUCUCUUGGAUGUGGUGUGUUUUUCUCUUUUCUCUGCCUUUAGUUUGUCACACUCAUCCAUUUCAGCAAAGGGCUGCCUGCUAGCAGCAUCAUUCUUCACUAUCCGUAAAGCUUUGAAAAUGCAGUCAAAUCAAAAAAGUCCUCAUCAGGUCUUUGAUAUUUUGAACGCUUUGUCUGCAUGUUUGCGUUAGAAAACAUAGCCUCUCUUUGUUUCCCGGUUUCAGUCAAUCUUUUAUGAAUGAUUUCACACAAAGACGACGGCUAUUCGCUGAGAACUGUGAAUAUGCAGCAAUGAGCAAUGAAUGAUUUAGCAGAAUAUGAUAUAACUUUGGAAUAAACCUCAUUUUUUUCUCUAGUUUCAGACACCAGUGUCGCAGGCAUUGCCCACAGAGCACUUAUGAGGACCGGGGCCGGGGUUUGUGUCUGUCCUGCCCAACACCUUGCACAGACUGCAAGAGUAACACGCGAUGCCUCUCCUGCCAACCUGGUUACUACCUCAAUGGUACCGCUCAUAAAGAGGGAUUAUUUCUACUCUAAUUUUGCUUACUGUUUUGAAUACUGAGAGAUUCAGAUAACAUCCCUUGUCCCACACUACACCACAACACUUAGUAUUUAAUAUGCCUUUAAAUCGCUGUGCGUUAGAGUGAUCAGUCAUUGUUGUCAAAGACUAAUGAUAGCGCCGUGACUCUUCAUUUGGAUUGCAAAUCAUGUCCCUGUCAGCAAAUCUGUAACAUGAGAUAUGCAAAUGCAGUUUGUGCAAACCAGAAAUAAUGGUUGUGUUGUUUUGUUCUCUACAGGUAUCUCAGUUAGAGCUUUAAGAUUUAAAAUAAAGCCUGUAGCUGUUGCAACAAGGGUUAGAGAUGUGAAUACUAAUAUUAUACCAAUAACAUCAAGGCUUAACUAUACUUUUUUCCUUACUUCAUUCAACAACCAUCUUAUGAACGGCAGCAUCCAGUUGAGCAAAAUAGAGCUAUCUUCUCUUUAUCUAAUUCACCAUAAGGAAAAGUACAAUAAAUGAUUAUUCAGGCAGUGGAAUUUCAAAUAUUGUCCUACUCUCUUAGAUAUGCCAUGGUUACCUCGCUACACCAAAGCCUGUAUUAUUUGUUGCUAAUACACUGGUGAGCCAGUUAUAGGUCGCAAUAAACAAGUUUCAGGCAGUGAUAUCAAACUCCAAAAGAGACUAUAAAAAAACAUGCCCAGGUGAAUAUUUAAUAGGCAUUCAGUCUCACAUUGUGUUGAACAAAAUUUAUUAUGGACAAUCCGUUUGUUCCCUCUCCUUUAAUCAUAUGAUCCCUCUUCAAAAGAUAUACUGUAGGUCAUUGUGUGAAAUCUGAGUCCUUUGAUAAGGCAAGAUCCUGGAGCAGAGGAAAGGGAUUUUUUAAAAAUCCUACUACUACUGAACGCUGGGGUUUGCAAGUUUGCUUUCAUACUAUUAUUUAUGAUUCAGCAGUAGAUAGUUAUCAAGUUUUGCCCACAGAAGAUAUCACUAAUCAAGCACAGAUUCAAAUAAAGAUUGAGAUGUAAACAGAUGGUAUCUACUUCGUUGUCUCUGCUCGGUUAUUCAAGAAAAUAAAGUUGUGCUGGACGGUCUAAUCACCUCCUCUCUGUGCUGCUUAUCCCCGUCAGGUGUUGAGUGUAUCAAACAAUGUCCACAGCAAACCUUCAGUGACUCCAGCAGGUGGCGCUGCCAGACCUGCCACAGCUCAUGCCAGACGUGCCAUGGGCCUCGAUCAACAGACUGUGACCUUUGUCGUGGUGGGAACUCUCCCCUACAUGGACAGUGUCCUCUGAUUAACUGUCCAUUGGGACAGUAUUAUGAUGGUAAGCUGAACUACCUAAUUUUUGGUGAUCUUGGUCAUCGUUUUAAAACUCAAUUUUUAGAGAAAAGUAACUUUAGUCGUUGAUUUUUCCUAUUGGAUUCAUUUCUGUAAAGCAAAGUGGGUUGUGUUGAGAGUCAGGUGAGUCGGAUGUAUUUCUGAAUAAUAUGGUUUCUUAUUGUUUGGUCCUCUGAUUGUAAGUAAUUGCUUCCUCCAAAGAGAGGUCAGAUCAAGGAUCAGCACAUUGUUCCCGCUAUUUAGAAGAAUCCAGCGUCUUGCUCAAGGACACUCCAACAUGGUGGAUGGCUGCUGCUGAGACAAGGACUUGAUCCCUGCUGAAGGACCGCUAAGUUGAAGGGCAGUCUCCUACAUACUGUGUCACCCCGCUGCAUGUACUGCAUCACCUUUCACUUGAGAGUCAUCCUAGAGGAGCGAUUUGAAAGGGCUCCUCUGCCUCGAGCGCAGGGCUCUUCACCUGCUCUCCCUUUAGUGUCUGAGUCAACAACUUUCUCUGUUGUUGUCAAGCAUACAGCGUGAUCAGGCCGAUCAUUUCAAUUCUGAUUAUUUAGAUUUUUCUGUGGCUUAGUAUGCCUGAUGUUCGCCGUCGGGAUUUCUUGUCAUUUAUCCAAGUCUUUUUAUGAACCGCCGACUGAUGUAACAAAAAAGAAACAUUUGAAAUCUCUCUUUAACCUCAAAAUGUUGUUUUGCACCGCAGGAAUUAUCAAAUUUAUAAUUUAACUGUAUUGUGCAUGAUGGUACGCAGUUAUAGCCAUGUACAGGAAUGUCUGAACAAAUAUUGUUUAUAUAACUUGGUUAUACAACUCUGUGAUGAUAACUCAACCACUAUAUGUCAUUUUGCUUAUCAUUUGUUCAUCCACUUCCCGGUUAUUUUAAUAGCAGUGCAAGUGAUACUUAACACGUCAAACAUACAGGAACUAGCAGGUUCUGUGUAGGGGGUUUUGUGCCCAUCACAGCACUAACAAACUGGCCUACUUUGCAUUUCCCAUCAGGAGGUGGUCAUAAACAGAGCAGUUUUACCUUAUUACUGUUCCCUCCAGUGGUAAACACCAGUAAAAUAAGCAAAUCAAUGAUUACGAACUCAUCUUGUAUCCAGGUUUUAUCAGGUUUCCAUACCUUCGUCUGGGUUUAGUCAAAUGUGACGUCUUGUAAACUAGAGAAAACAAAGCUUCUGCCUGAUCAAACUUUUUAUUUAUUAUUUUACUGUCAGCACAAUACAGCGAGUGUCACACUUGUGAUGCGUCCUGCCGAACCUGCUUUGGCCCACAAGCACUGGACUGUUCCUCUUGUUUCAAAGGUAUAAAUAUUCUCUUUAUUAUUUGCCAUGGCAGCUACAAGAAACGUUGCCCCAGUUAUCAUUGUAUUGUUUGUGUUUGUGCGCGUCACAGGAUAUUUCCUGGACCAGGACAGUUCCUGUGUAGCACAGUGUCCCUCGAGCUCCUACGCCAACUCUGCCACUCAGAUGUGUGAAGACUGCUCUCCAAACUGUGAGGCCUGCGUGGACACGAGUGAUAACUGCAUCAGCUGCUCCAAAGGAAGCUAUAAGCUUUUUCUUCACCAGGGUCGGUGCUGGUCUGAGUGUCCAGAGUAAGCACCAGGAUGAAAUAAGAGUUAGUCUAAAGAAAAGGCUUUUUCAAAUGUAGAGUGGUAAGGUGUCAUUAAAUGUCCCUCUUAUUGUCUCCUCACACUAUUUUCAGAGGUUUCUUUGAAACAGCAGAGGGCUCCUGUGAAGCCUGUGAUGCCUCCUGUCUGACAUGUGAUGGUAUCAAGUCCCAGUGUCUGUCCUGUCCUGAUGGCCACUACUUAGAAAGCGGCACAUGCAGACUCAACUGUUCACUUCAGGCAUAUCCUGCAGAUGAUGGCACCUGCAGACGCUGCCCCCCUCACUGUGACGUCUGCUCAGACGACAGGACCUGUUUCAGUGAGUUAUAAUCUGCGUGGGCAGCUAAAUUUAAGAAGAACAUAACAAGAGACUUUGAUUCAUAUCUUGAAAAAUUGUUGCUGCUACUUUACCAACCCUCUUUCAUUUCAGAAUGCACUUUCCUUUACUUGAUGCUCAACGGUGUGUGUAAAGCCAGUUGUCCUCUGGGCUACUAUGAGGACAUGGAGGAGGGCCGCUGUGGUCAGUGCCACCCUACCUGUAGCAGCUGCUCUGGGCCCCUGGCAGACGACUGUGAAACCUGCUCAACAUUUAGCCCCAAACUCUACAAAGGAUCUUGCUCUAAAGACUGCCCCAUUGGUACUUACUAUGAUACUGAAGCUCUGGAAUGUCAAGGUGAGCAUCUCGAUACAGAGAUUUGGCCCCUUCAAACCUUCUGUUGAAUUGUCAAACAUGGGUGAGUGAGGGUGGGUGUUUGUCUUUGUGUGUGGGUGUCUGGGUGGGAGAUUUGGCUUUUAUUGUUGUUAAUUGAUAUUUUUAACCUCUGUGAGGCACUUUGAACUGCUUUUUUGUCUGUAAGUGCCUGAAAAAAAAUUUGAAUUUGAAUUUAAAUGUCAUGUAGCAGCUUUUUCUAGUAGUUUCUGGCAAAGAAGGGUUUCCAAUCUCCAUAUCAAAAUAUACAUAUGUAAAAAAAGUAUUUCUAAAAACCACAACAACAUUGCCAGGAUGUCGAACCCUACUUCUCAAAUGACACAUUCUGAUUUGUGUGGCUGUUUUCAGAGUGCCACCAGACGUGUAAUAGCUGCUCCGGCCCCGAAGCAAACCAGUGCACUCAGUGUGAAAAGGGACUAGUGCUGGAUCCAAACACUUUGUUGUGUGGCGUGACAGGCGACACAGACUGCCCGACGAGUACCUACCUUCACGAGGACCAGUUCACCUGUAUGAGUUGUCACCGGCACUGCUACUCUUGUGAAGGGCCAGGCAACGACGAAUGCCUGACCUGUACCAUCCCCAGAUACCUUCUUAGUAAGCAUUUUAAAUUCUCUCUUCAACUGCAUAAUGAUCAUGGGGCUCAGAGUUAUUAAUAUAUACUGCUUAUCCAGUUGGGAGGGGGGUAUUAUUUACGGUCCACCCUGGAUAGGUCUCCAGGCUGGGCUAGCAGGCCAGUUUCAGGGUCCAUAAUGUAAAAAUAUAAAAAUCACAAUUAAUUUAUUAUUCCACCAGAUAACAAAACAAAAUAAUAUUUCUCAAAACCUCAGGCUCUUAAGGGAUUUGAACCAGUCUGAUAUUUCAUCUUCAUUAUUAUUAAUGGAUGUUUGUCUGCAACUCUGUGCAGCCAGAAUCUCUAAGUACAGUACAGCUUAUAAAUCAGAUACAUAAUAACUGCUUUUGUCAAUCAAUAAAUCAAUGUUUAUUUGUAUAGCACUAACUAAUAGAAAUUUUCGAGAGACUUCACAGGUGCAGGAAGAUGUAACUUUUUAGAGUAAGCAGUAAUCCACCAUGACCAAACACUUGGUACAUUUAACACAGAACAGGGGCAACAAAAACAUCCCUUUAAAGAGGAACAAACCUCGAGUUUAACCGGACGAGCUUCUGCUGCUGCAAAAACAGCUCAUACAGACUAAGUAACAGUGCCAAUAAUAAUAAUAACAAUAUAAAUAAUAAUAAUAAUAAUAAUAAUAAUAAUAAUAAUAAUAAUAAUAAUAAUAAUAAUAAUGAUGAUGAUGAUGAUGAUGAUACUACUACUACUACUGCUAUUACUAUUAUUAUUAUUAUUAUUAUUAAUAAUAAUAAUAAUAAUCAUCAUCAUAAUAAUAAUAAUAAUAAUAAUAAUAAUAAUAAUAAUAAUAAUAAAAGAUUGUAUGUGUAUUUGCAGGAUCAGCAAAGUAAUAAUCCUAAAAUUUAUGAUAGUUUUAAGUCCAUGAUGCCCACAAUAUUGUUAGUUUUGAUGAUGAUAAUUUUAAGACAGAUAAUAUCAUUUGUAAAAGUCAAGCAGGUUUAUAAAUAAAGUUAGCUGGACAUUGAUGAUAAUAGUUAGAAUGGCGUAGAUAGUAGUAGUCUUAACAGUUGAUGUCAAGCAGGCAGGAAUGUUGAUCCACAGGAACCCAUGAGACAACAAAUCUCAAAAGCUCCCAUAAAAUAAUUUAAAAAGCAGCUUGAUUAUAGUCCUGAAAAAUUCAUGUAGAUCCACACAUUAAAGAUGCCACAUCUAAGUAGUCUGUCAAUACAUCUGAAAUGAACACAGGGAAAAAUGCAUUUGACAAAAUUGUAAAACGCAAUAUUUUAUCCUUCAGGUAUAGAAAGAAAUAUUUUAGGAUGUUGAAGUUUGUGCACUGAGAGGAGAUUACAUUUUAAUCUGUGAUGCAAGAAACACAGUUAGGAUCCACUCCCAUCUCUGUGAGCUUGUCUUUGAGUAUGGUGGGUUAGAUGGGGCUGAGUGCACUUGAAAAAUCAAAGAACAUCAUAUGAUCCUCAUAUAAAUCCAGGUUAUACCGGGUAACUGUUUCUCUACAGAAGUUGAUUAAGACAGUAAAUCCGUCAACAGGUGUGACAAUGUUCAUACUGUUCUCAUCUGUUUCCAGCAGCACAUUCCAGUCGGUUUAUUCAAAGCAGUCCUUGAGAGCUUCACUAGCUUGAAGAGUCCAUCUUCUGAUUUUGACUUAAGUUACAGGCUGCCUCAGCAUACAAGGUCUGUAACAGGUCUGCAGAUAGACAAAGUUAUGAUCUGACCUGUCCAGUGGUGGUAAGGCAGUGGCUCUGUAAGCUUACUUGACGUUUCCAUAAAUCAGAUCCUCAUAUAAAUCCAGGUUAUACCGGGUAACUGUUUCUCUACAGAAGUUGAUUAAGACAGUAAAUCCGUCAACAGGUGUGACAAUGUUCAUACUGUUCUCAUCUGUUUCCAGCAGCACAUUCCAGUCGGUUUAUUCAAAGCAGUCCUUGAGAGCUUCACUAGCUUGAAGAGUCCAUCUUCUGAUUUUGACUUAAGUUACAGGCUGCCUCAGCAUACAAGGUCUGUAACAGGUCUGCAGAUAGACAAAGUUAUGAUCUGACCUGUCCAGUGGUGGUAAGGCAGUGGCUCUGUAAGCUUACUUGACGUUUCCAUAAAUCAGAUCCAGGGUUUUGUUCUCUCUGGUAGGACAGUUCACAAACUGUGUAAAACCAGUCAGGUGAGAGGAGCGGGUGACUUGUUUAAAGUCUUCCAGUGUUAUUAUUGAGUGUUGAGUCUGUAUCGUAGUAACAGUAUUAUGCAAAAGAUUUUAUGGAACUUCUUCAUUUAAAUUUAGGUGGGAUGUAAAUAAGUAUUGUUAUGAUAUGACUGAAUUCUGCUGGAACGUAAUAUGAGCGAAGGGCAACUACCAACAAUUCAGUAUCUGGACAACACAACUUCUCCUUGACAGUUAUGUGUGAAGAGUUACACCAUCUCUGGUUGACAAAUAAAGGCAGACCCCCUCCUUUCUUCUUGCCACUAGCUUUAGCAUUUCUGUUUGUCCUUAUGAGAGUGAAGCCAGGUAGAUCCACACUGGAGUCCGAGUUUCUCCAAGACUUUCUCAGUCUUCACCAAUACCUCCAGCUCAUCGCUUUUGUUGGGCAGAGAGUUGACAUUUCCCGUGAUGACCAAUAGAAGAAAGAGUUUAUACCUCCACCUCCUAGCAUUCAACCUUGCUUUCACCUUUACACCAGCAUGGCAACCACAAUAAGGCCUCCUAAAGUCCUCUGGGAUUGGAUGUUGUGUGCCACUCAGUUUUGGCCACCAAGAAUUCUGUAUCUGCUCCUAAAAGUAAGUGAUUCAAGAAAUUAUUCAUAUGACGUAACUAAAACAUUAUGUCUGUGUGCUAUUUUUCAGAUAGCACCUGUGUGAGUGAGUGUCCAGCAGGUACAUUCAACACAAGGCAGGAGGCUGACGGUACAGAGCUGGGGUUCUGUUCUCCUUGUGAUCGCGCUUGCUCCACCUGCUCCGGAGCAUCAUCUAGAGACUGUCUCACCUGUUCCCCGGGAUAUCUGCGUCUCCUUCAGCUCUGUGUCACCCAUUGUCCUACAGGGUAAACAAAGCCUUUGAGAUUUUUACUUUGUGUUGAAGCUCGACGUGUUUUGAUUGACUGUUUGCUUUUCUCUACACCCCUACACAUUGAUAGAUUAAAUAAAUAAAUGGACAGUGUCGUUUGAGCACAGGAUGUAGUGGCUUUCAGUUCUUUGAAGAAGAGCGCAUGAAUAAGAAGAAGCUAAGCCAAGAAGAACCUCACAAAUUAGAGUCAUCCAGUGAGUGUACCUGCGAGUACUCGGACUUGGCAUAAAGUUUGCAAGGAUGUAGGCGAUUACAACCAGUAAUAAAUCUCAGCGCACAGUAAUAAACAGUAGUUAAGGACUGUAGGCAUUUGGCUGAAGCAGUCAUCUGUAAAACAUCACCAUAAUCCAACAAUGGAUUGCAAGAUACUAAGUAUUUUCGAGCACUGAGGGAGAAGCAGGAUUUAUUCCUGUAGUAGAAACCUAUUUUUAGUCUAAGUUUAGUGACCAAACUAGCAAUAUGUGCUUUGAAAGAAAGCUCACGAUCGACAAGAAAACCCAUUUAUUUAUAGACAGACACAAGCUCAAUGGGUACACCCUGUGAAGUCACGACAAAGGGAUUGUUCCCAGGUAACUCACUCUUGCUCGAAAAAUACCAUGACUUUUGUUUUAUUUGCGCUCAAGACCAACUUCAGUUUCUGCAGUCGAGAUUGAACAACAUCAAAAGCAGACUGUAAAAACUCACAGACCCGGAUAACUGAUGUUGAACAACAAUAAAUGACAGUGUCAUCUGCAUAAAAAUUAAAAGAGGCAUUUGACAAGUUAUUACACAAGUUGUUAAUAUAGAUAGAGAAUGCAAUAGGUCCCAAGAUUGAAUUUUGAGGUACACCUUUAGAAACCUCCAGAAAGGUAGAAGUAUACCCAGCCAUCUGGAUACAUUGAGACCUACUGUCCAGGUAGCCUGCAAACCACGAUGCUGCUUGGUUUGAUAGGCUAAUUUGCCAAAGUACACUUAAAGCAGACUGUGGUCUACAGUGUCAAAUGCCCUUGACAGAUCUAUAAAAAGAGCCACACAGUAUUUUUUUAACGUCCAGGGCCUGGAUAAAAUCAUUAAAAACUUUAAGAGCAGCUGUGACAGUGCUAUGCUGCUUUAAACAAAACAAGCCUGAGUCUUGGAUGGGCCCAACAGUUUCCAUAGUUGUGUAUUUUUACUGUACAAAACAAUUAGCAUUAAUUUUAAUUCACGACUAUUGAUUCAUUACAUGUUAUUAUUACUUGUCGUGAACUUUGAUCAUUUCUCCAGGUAUUACAGAGAGGACUCCCACUGUGAGAGAUGUGAUCUCUCCUGUGAGCUUUGCACUGGACCCGGACCAGAGUCCUGCAAAGCCUGCCUUCCCCCUCUUCUGGAGCUACAAGGGACCAAACUGUGUGUUGAGCGCUGCCCACAUCGCUUUUUUCUGCACAAUGGCAUGUGCAAACAAUGCCACACCAGUUGUCAGACAUGCACAGGUGAUUACAAGAAGUAUAAAGUGAUUUCGCAAAUCAUUUCACUAAGACAGACAAAAAAAAAAAAAAAAUUACACAACUAGUAUGUGUCUUUCAAGUGUGUCAAUAUUUGACUUGCUCUGUAAGAAGUUUUUAUGUAUGAAUGUUUGCAGAUGCCUCGCCUCAGGGCUGUGUGACGUGCGACUGGGGGAGUACUUUGAAAGAUAACGUCUGCUAUCCUCGGUGUGAGGAGGGGCGAUUCUUUUCACGGGAGGUGAUUUCCUAUCACUGGAUCAUAUAAAAUGUUACUGUUUGUAUUGCCAUGCCAUAUGUAACCAUAAACGUCUGCUUAUUAUCAGUUGACAGCAAAUCCAAAGAUCACUAUAAUUUACCUUUAUCUCUCCAUUAGAGUUGUACAUUGUACAGCAUGCUGCUGCAGAGUGUACGACUAAAUAUUACAUCAACGUUAAUAACUUUUCUGUUAGCUUAAAUUCUUCCUCUUAUUCUAUCUAAAAACAUUCUUUUAAAUUGUUUUCUUAGGAAACUUGCGAGCCAUGUCACAGCUCAUGCAAGCACUGUAACGGCCCCAGACCCGACCAGUGUCUGACUUGUCAUCGUGAUUCUGCUCUCCAUGCUGUGGAGAACCGCUGUGCUCGCUGCUGUCAGGCCAGAGGGAACGACACUGACUGCUGCGUUUGUGACAGUCGCUCAGGUAAAGACCCCUGUCCUUAAAGGAAACAAACAAAUACCAGAACAUGAACAUCUAAUUUAUUUGAUUUUAUUGUUCCAGCCCUGUGUGUGGAGGUUCCCAAACCCAAGUCCGGCCUGGAUGCAGAAGCAGACCUGAAAAUGUCAUCCAGAGCUAUGAAACACACCACAGCCGCCCUGCCUAUUGCCCUGCUGCUUGCACUGGGAUUAGCGCUGGCUGUGUUUUUCUUGAUCAAGGCUCAAGCAAAGAAGAGGUUCUGCUGGAGCCAGAGCUAUGAGAGACUUAGUGGCAGUGCCAGCGUGAACAUGCCCCACGGUGUGCCUGAGCCAGACAGUGGAGACGAGGUGGAUGUGGUGUACACCAGCAGAAACGGAUCUGUAUAUCGACGCUACAGCUUCAUUCACGAACAGGAUGUGGAUGAGAACCAGGAUGCAGAUGAGGGCACUUGUCUUAAUUCAUCUUAGAUAAACACAAACUAGCUUGACAGAAAAAAAAGACAAACUGUUAAAUUUAAAAUAGCUGUUUAGACAAGAUUAUAACUUGCUUUGGUAUGGUGCUUUUUGAAUUCUGGUGUUUAUUUUAGUGAACAAAGUGCCUGUAUCUGUCUAAUGCACAUUUUUAGAUGAGGCAUGUAAGUAAAAACAGUGAAAUACGUACAAAUGUGUACAUAUAUUCGUAGCCUUUGUGACUCUUCCUUCUUUUUUUUACUGGAUAUUAAAAAGAUGUUUGCUGAACAGUAAUGCCAUCAUGUAAAGUCAUUGAUAUCAGGAAUAAUUGUUGUGUAUAUAAAUUGAUAAAAUAAAA